AUGCCCUCCGCCCCACCCAUCCCCACCAACACGACCAGAGUCGCCAUCCCGCCCUCCGUUCCCUUCGCCGAACCGCCCUGGGCCCAAGGUCUACCUUCCUACUGGCUCACUCCAGAACUGAAACAAUACCAACAACGUCUCCGCGCCUUCAUCUCCGAGAACCUCACCCAACACGCCUGGGAAUGGGACAAAGAAGAGACCGUGCCCGCGCACGUUUUCGACACAUUCGCCAAAGCGAACAUGCUGGUGCCCGCUCUACCCGCGCCCUUGCCGGUGAAGGAACUACACGCCGCGGGCAUACACGAGGUGAUGGGCGUCAAGGUGGAGGACUUCACGGCGUGGCAUAAUUACCUGUAUGGCGAUGAGAUGAUUCGAUCGGGUUUGACGGGACCGGGAGGAAGUCUGACGACGGGCAUGGCGUUUGGAGUGCCGCCGAUUAUCAAGUUUGGGAAUGAGCAGUUGAAGCAGCGGUUCUUGCCGGAUUUGUUGACGGGGAGGAAGAGGACUUGUAUCGCGAUUACGGAGCCGGAUGCAGGGUCGGAUGUGGCGAACAUUCGAACGACUGCAGUAAAGAGCAAGGAUGAGAAGCACUAUAUCAUUAAUGGAACGAAGAAGUGGAUUACCAAUGGUAUUUGGAGUGAUACUGCGGCUAUGGCGGUGAGGACUGGAGGACCGGGACCGGGCGGGCUGUCGAUGAUUGUGGUGCCUUUGAAGGGUCAGAAAGGAGUUGAUAUGAGGAGAUUGAAGGUCAGCGGGCAAGUUUCGGCGGGAACGACGUUCAUCGAGCUGGACGAUGUGGAAGUGCCGGUCGAGAACCUGAUUGGAGAGGAGGGCCAGGGAAUGAGAUAUAUCAUGACCAACUUCAACCACGAGAGAAUGUCCAUCGCCAUCGGCGUGACGAGGCAGUCUCGCGUUGUACUCUCCGCGGCCUUUGAGUACGUGCUCAAGCGAGAGGCCUUCGGAAAGACUCUGUUCGAGCAGCCCGUGGUCAGACAUCGCCUGGCAAAGGCUGGCGCAUUGGUCGAAAGUCUGAGCGCCUGGGUCGAGCAAUUCGUGUACCAGCUCACGAUAAUGAAGAAAGAGGACGCCGAUGUCGAGCUUGGAGGUCUCACUGCCGGUGUCAAGGCUCAUGCCGGCAUGGUCAUGAAGGAAUGCGCCGAUUGUGCCGUGCUGCUCUUCGGAGGCAACGGGUACACACGCACUGGACAGGGCGAGAUCGCCGAGCGGAUGUGGCGUGAAGUGAACGGCAACAGAGUCCCAGGUGGUUCGGAAGAUGUGAUGCUCGACCUCAUGGUGCGACAGCUUGGAAAGAAUUUCCAGAGGAAGACGGCGUUGCUGGAGAAGUGCCAGAAGUCCAAGAUGUAG